AUGUUUGAUUCACAAUUUGGCGAUUCACAACAACAAUUUGGUUGUACAAAUAUGUCGACAAUCUCGUCAGCUGCUACCGGUGAGUCAAGUUGUUCAGCAGCGAGUGUAAUGAUUGCAAAGAGAGAAAGAAGGCUUAGACUUGAAAAAGUUGGUUCUUACCGAGUUGGACGAAUUCUUGGAAGAGGAAAUUUUGCUCAAGUGGCCAUGAAAAUUGUUGAUAAACGUUCCUUGGAUGCUGAAAAUUUAGCUAAAAUUGAACGUGAAAUUCAAAUACUCCAAAAACUUAAUCAUCCAUUUAUUGUAAAGCUAUAUGAAGUAAUACGAACCAAUCGUUUUUUGUAUAUUGUAACGGAGUAUGUAAGCAAUGGAGAACUUUUUGUUGUUUAUUGUCAUGCGAGUGGAAUUGUUCAUAGAGAUUUGAAAGCUGAAAAUUUAUUACUUGAUAAAAAAGGAAAUAUAAAAAUUAUUGAUUUUGGUUUCAGUAAUUAUCAACAACCAUCACAAUUAUUGUCCACAUGGUGUGGUUCACCACCUUAUGCUGCUCCAGAAUUACUUUUAGCUCAAGAAUAUGAUGGACGUUUAUCUGAUGUUUGGAGUCUUGGAGUUAUUUUAUAUAUUUUGGUUACUGCUGGUUUUCCUUUUCCUGGUGAUUCUGUUGAAAAACUUAAAAGAGCAGUUCUUAGUGAUCAUUUAAAAAUUCCAUUUUGGGUUUCUGUUGAAUGUGCUGAUUUAAUCAGAAAAAUGUUAACAAUUUCUCCAGCAAAACGAUAUAAUUUACAGCAAGUAAUUCAACAUCGUUGGUUUUCUGCUGGCAAAAUGCCUGAACAAAUAAAAAUGCUUUUAAUAACAUCUGUGAAUAAAGAACAAUUAGUAACAUUAACUGAUGAGACGAUUAAUGUACCACCCGCAAUUAGACCAAUUUUGGAUCCAACAGUUCUCGUCUUUAUGCAACAACACACUGGCUGGUCAGAUGAUCAGAUUUCCGAGGAAGUUAUCUCUCAUAACUAUGAAUCACCUAUAUUUGCUACUUACGAACUUUUACUUGCUCGUCUUUCAGAGUUUCGAAGUGCUGAAGCAGCCGCAGCACUUUCAACGAAUACUGGGGGAUUUUCUGGAAUGGGAACUAAUUUUGCUUUUAUGGAGAAUGAACAUACUCGACGUGGUUCUAGAGGUUCAAUCAUUUCUGGCAAAGCAAAUAUAACUCCAACAGAAACAACACAAUGUGCUACUAUUCCGACACAUCAUUUGGCCAAAUUGAGUCUUUCUACUAGUCCAGAUUAUGAUUCCGACGAUAGUGACAGUGCUAAUGAUUUAGUUGAUUCUAUGUCUAAUGAUGACAUUACUUCUUUAUCUUCAUCAAUUCCAUUUAUUCAAUCACAACAACAACAACAACAGCAGCGUUCUCCUAAUGUUUAUAAAUCUAGACGUCGUGUUUAUCGUCGUAAUCAAGCAACUAAUGAGCAACAUCAAUUAAUUGAACAACAACAAUUUCAACAACGACAACGUUUUCCAUAUGCUUUAGAAUAUCAUCAAUUAAACCCUUUACUUAAUGCGGUUGCUCAACAAUUUGCUGUUGACACGACAAGAGCAUGGGCUAAUGCAGCCGCAGCUGCAGCACUUUUUGCCUCGCAAAUUCAACAACAGAAUAGUAGUGGUGGAAGUUCUUCUGGUACUGCAGCUUUACAACAGGCAGCAGCAUUAAAUUUGGUUUCAUUGCAAAAUUUUCCAUUUGUUGACUAUGCAAGAAUGAUACAUGUUCCAAAUCAAGAACGUCGUGCUUCAGCAAAUGAAGCUUUGCUUGGGUUGAACAGUUAUGCUCAUUUGUUGGCUGCUUGUUCUACAAUGGGUGUUGGAAGUGGUGGAGGAAAUGGAAGUGGAGGACCAGAUACUCGUUGUUCUUCCAGUCAAGGAACUUCCAGUAGUCCAAGACAGGUGCUUCAGACUCAGCCUCAUCGUUCCUCUUGCCAUCAACAACCAAGACGAAGUGUUGAAGAAGAGGGAGAGAGCUAUUUACUUGGGCAAAGAGGAGCAAACAAGAGAAAUACGACAAAUGCCGCAGCUUCAUCUUCUGAUGCAUCUGCUUCGUCUGCCCUUUCAGGUGUUCAACAAUUACAGUUAGAAUUUCAAAAAUUAUAUGCAAGUACAAAAGAAGGUUCCCCUGGUCCUGGUGGUGUAGGAGGAACAUCUUCGGCUGCUGUUAAUACACAAAAUCCUUUACUUGUGGGUGGGUUAAUGAAUGUCGAUCCUGGAGCUUUAUUUAUUAAGUCUGCACUUGCACAGCUGCAACAACAACAACAAAUGCCAACUAUCAAUAUUACUGAUGAAAAUAAUCAAAAUGUUGAGUCUGCAUUUUUAUCUUUGGAAUCGAAUUCGAUUUUGCCAAAUACCGACCCUCCAACACUUCCAAAUGUUUAUUCUGCAACAGGAGGUAUUGGAAACUCUAUAUCUUUAACUAAUUCUCCAACUGAUAUUGGAACUAAUCAACCAUUAAAAUUUGUUUAUAUUCCUGUUUGUAUUGAAACAGCAACCCAACGACUUGAAAAGUAUGUUAAAAAUAAUCAACUUUUGUGCGAAGUUCAAUGUGACGAGCAAAAGGAGGCAUCAACACAGAUAGUUAAUUCUGUACGUAUUCGCGUUGCACCUCCAUCGAAUGAAUCAAAUAAAGCAACAAUUCUUGAAUUAAUUUUAUAUAGAAUAGAUCAAUCGCCAAAUAUUAGCCGAGCAGCAUUUACUCAUAUUCAAGGUGAUGUUAAUGAAUAUGAACAAUUACGUGUUAAUUUAUUAUCAAUAUUCAACGAAGUUGUGUGA